GUUAUUUCAGAGGAAACUGUUUCGCUGAUUUAUUACACACACAGGUAAUCUCAGUUGGUGUUGAACCUCAAGGAACGUCGCUGUCAGUGUCGGAUUGCAUUCGAGAGAAUUGUACGAAUAAGCAUUGUUCGAGAUGGAUCAAAUCACACCGAAGGAAGUGAAAAUCCUGGAAAAUCCCGAGGACAUUCAAGAAAGGAGAGAACAAGUUCUCAGUCGAUAUGCGAAUUUCAAGGCGGAAGCUAGGAACAAAAGGGAUAAGCUCGAGGACUCCCGUCGCUUUCAAUAUUUUAAGCGAGACGCGGACGAACUGGAAGGAUGGAUUUUCGAGAAGUUGCAAGCUGCUUCGGAUGAGAGCUACAAAGAUCCUACCAACCUCCAGGCAAAGAUACAGAAACAUCAAGCCUUCGAAGCAGAAGUUGCAGCCCACUCGAACGCAAUAGUAUCAUUAGACAACACCGGGUCAGAGAUGAUAGCACAGCAUCAUUUUGCAAGCGACGUCAUUCGCAAGAGACUAGUGGAUCUUCAUCAGCUGUGGGAGUUGUUACUCUCUAGAUUGGCGGACAAGGGUCUUAAAUUGCAACAAGCCUUGGUACUCGUACAGUUUAUUCGACAUUGCGAUGAAGUAAUGUUCUGGAUUCACGACAAGGAAGCGUUUGUAACGACGGACGAAUUUGGACAUGACUUGGAACACGUUGAGGUACUCCAAAGGAAAUUUGACGAAUUCCAGAAGGAUAUGGCCAGCCAGGAGUACAGGGUAACAGAAGUAAACGAACUGGCAGACAAACUUCUUCUGGAUGGACAUCCUGAACGUGAUACCAUCCUGCGUAGAAAGGAGGAACUCAACGAGUCCUGGCAAAGAUUGAAGCAGCUUGCCGUUCUGAGGCAGGAGAAACUUUUCGGCGCACAUGAAAUUCAAAGAUUCAAUCGGGACGCCGAUGAGACAAUGGCCUGGAUUGCUGAAAAGGACGUUGUUCUGUCUUCGGACGAUUUCGGACGUGACCUUGCCAGCGUACAAACUUUGCAGAGAAAGCACGAGGGUAUAGAGCGUGAUUUGGCAGCCUUGGAGGAUAAAGUUUAUACACUAGGAGCCGAGGCGGAUCGUCUCGCAGCAAUUCAUCAAGCAGACCAUUCCAAACAAAUUCAAGCGAAACGCGCCGAGAUAUUGCAGUCGUGGGAGAGCCUAACGGCAAAAGCGAAGGAACGUCGUUUGAAGCUUGACGAAUCGUACUACUUGCACAGAUUCUUGGCUGAUUACAGAGAUCUGGUCUCUUGGAUGAACGACAUGCGCGCGAUUAUAUCGGCUGAUGAAUUAGCCAAAGACGUGGCUGGUGCAGAAGCUCUUGUUGAGAGACAUCAGGAGCACAAGGGAGAAAUCGACGCUAGGGCAGACAGUUUCGACGCGACCACCCUGGCUGGCAAUAAACUAUUGGAAAAGAAACAUUAUGCUGCAGAGGAAGUAACCAGAAAAUUGAAUUCUCUCGCCGAGGAUAAACAGUCUCUUUUGAGUCUUUGGGAAAAGCGAAAGAUCUUGUACGAACAAUGCAUGGACUUGCAGCUAUUUUAUCGAGACACGGAACAAGCGGACGCGUGGAUGGCUAAACAGGAAGCAUUUUUAGCAAACGAAGACCUAGGUGACUCGUUGGACAGUGUGGAAGCUCUUAUUAAAAAACACGAAGAUUUCGACAAAUCAUUGGCAGCUCAGGAGGAGAAGAUCAAAAUAUUAGACGACUUUGCCGGCAAAUUGAUAGAAGGGGAACAUUACGCGGCGGACGACGUGGCGCAGAGACGUCAGCUUCUGCUGGAGAGACGUGCCGUUCUUCUUGAGAAGUCGGCUCAAAGAAGACGCCGUUUAGAAGACGCUUACAAAUUACAGCAAUUUGAACGCGACUGCGACGAAACGAAAGGCUGGGUCAACGAGAAACUCAAAUUUGCCACCGACGACAGCUAUCUGGAUCCUACUAAUUUAAACGGAAAGGUACAGAAACAUCAGAAUUUCGAACAGGAGCUGAACGCCAACAGAACCCGCAUGGAAGAGAUGGUAGCUACCGGUCAAGAAUUAAUCGAGAGUGAUCACUACGCCAGUGAUAGAAUUCGCACUCGUACCGACGAAAUCAUGUCUCUGUGGGAAAGUCUCACUCACGCUAGCGAGAAAAAAGGUGCCAAACUGCAGGAAGCCUCUCAGCAGCAGCAAUUCAAUCGUACCGUCGAGGAUAUCGAGUUGUGGCUGUCGGAAGUAGAGGGACAAUUGAUGUCCGAAGAUUACGGCAAAGAUCUAACCAGCGUACAAAAUCUUCAAAAGAAACACGCCCUUCUGGAAGCCGAUGUCGCGUCCCACUCUGACAGAAUCGAGAGUAUCGCCCAAGCUGCGGAUCAGUUUGUGAAAUCGGGGCAUUUCGAUGCAGACAAUAUCAAAGCUAAGCAGGAACAAUUGCAGUCUCGAUACGGUGCUCUUCAACAGCCUAUGAGCAUUCGCAAGCAGCGACUUCUCGACUCGCUGCAGGUACAACAGCUGUUCAGAGACAUAGAGGACGAAGAAGCUUGGAUCCGCGAGAAAGAACCAGUUGCAGCAUCCACCAACCGUGGUCGUGAUCUUAUCGGCGUGCAGAACCUGCAGAAAAAGCAUCAAGCUGUUUUAGCUGAAAUAAAUAACCACGAGCCACGUGUGGCUGCUGUCUGUCAAGCAGGUGCGUCAAUGUUGCAAGAAAGCCACUUCGCUGCGGAGGAAAUCAGCCAACGUUUGGCCGCGUUGGACGAGCAUUGGGGACAGUUGAAAGAGAAGGCCAGACAACGUAAGAAUGAUCUGGAUGACUCUCUCCAGGCGCAUCAGUACUUUGCCGAUGCCAACGAAGCCGAGUCCUGGAUGAAGGAGAAACGACCCAUAGUCAUGAACGCCGACUACGGAAAGGACGAGGACAGUUCCGAGGCCCUCUUGAAGAAACACGAGGCGUUGGUUAGCGACCUAGAGGCGUUUGCAAGCACCAUAGCAGCUCUUAGAGAACAAGCUGCUUCUUGCCGUCAGCAAGAAACUCCAACUGUUGACAUCACUGGGAAAGAGUGCGUGGUGGCUCUCUACGAUUACACAGAGAAAUCACCAAGGGAAGUUUCCAUGAAAAAGGGCGAUACUUUGACUCUGUUAAACUCUAACAACAAGGACUGGUGGAAAGUCGAAGUGAAUGAUCGUCAAGGUUUUGUUCCAGCCGCUUACGUAAAGAGGGUUGAACCCGAAGCAGGAUUAAGCGCAUCUCAGCAGAAUCUCGCUAGAGAACAGAGUUCUAUAGCUGCCAGGCAAGCUCAGAUAGAAGCUCAAUACGACGAUCUCUUGAGACUGGCGCGCGAGAGGCAGAACAAGCUUAAUGAAACGGCCAAGGCUUACGUGCUUGUCCGAGAGGCCGCGGAAUUGGCCACUUGGAUCAAGGACAAGGAGAACCACGCUCAGGUUCAGGACGUUGGCGAGGAUUUAGAACAAGUGGAGGUGAUGCAGAAGAAAUUUGACGACUUCCAGGCAGACUUAAAAGCCAACGAAGUUCGUCUAGCUGAAAUGAACGAGAUUGCUGUCCAGCUGAUGAGUCUAGGGCAGACGGAAGCAGCUUUAAAGAUUCAGACGCAGAUACAGGAUCUGAAUGAGAAAUGGACCAGCUUGCAGACUCUCACUGCAGAACGUGCCAAUCAACUCGGUUCCGCCCACGAGGUUCAACGAUUCCAUCGUGACGUCGACGAGACCAAGGACUGGAUUCGAGAGAAGGAUGCUGCGUUGAAUAACGACGAUCUUGGAAAGGAUUUGCGUAGCGUUCAGGCCUUGCAACGCAAACACGAAGGCUUAGAGCGAGACUUGGCUGCCUUGGGAGAUAAGAUCAAACAGUUAGAUGAAACAGCAAAUCGCCUGAUGCAGUCGCAUCCUGAAACUGCUGAACAGACUUACGCCAAGCAGAAAGAAAUUAACGAGGAGUGGACUCAGUUGACAGCAAAAGCUAAUAGCAGGAAAGAGAAGCUGUUGGAUUCCUACGACCUGCAACGUUUCCUUAGUGACUACAGAGAUCUAAUGGCUUGGAUAAAUUCAAUGAUGGGUCUAGUCGCUUCCGAGGAAUUAGCCUCAGAUGUGACUGGCGCAGAAGCUCUUUUGGAACGACAUCAGAAUCACAGGGCAGAGAUAGACGCACGAUACGGCAUACUUCCACAGGAACAUCGCAUGGAAAUCGACGCUAGAGCAGGUACUUUCCAGGCGUUUGAGCUUUUUGGCCAGCAGCUUUUACAGUCCAGUCACUAUGCCAGUGUCGAGAUUCAAGAGAAACUUGAAUCUAUGGCUGAAGCACGCCAAGAAUUGGAAAAAGCUUGGAUACAACGACGUAUGCAGUUGGAUCAAAACCUGGAGCUACAGUUGUUCUGCAGAGAUUGCGAGCAAGCUGAAAAUUGGAUGAGUGCCCGAGAAGCUUUCCUGAGCAGCGCUGACACUGUUGACAGUAGUGAUAACGUAGAGGCCCUUAUAAAGAAACACGAGGACUUUGACAAAGCUAUCAAUGCUCACGAAGAGAAGAUUGCUACUUUGCAGACUUUGGCUGAUCAAUUGAUCGCUGCUGAACAUUAUGCUGCAAAACCAAUUGAUGAGAGGCGUUGUCAGGUUCUAGAUCGCUGGAAGCAUUUGAAAGAUGCUCUUAUAGAGAAACGUUCUAAGUUAGGAGAGUCUCAGACUCUACAACAAUUCUCCCGCGACGCUGAUGAAAUGGAAAAUUGGAUUGCCGAGAAACUGCAGUUGGCUACCGAGGAGAAUUACAAGGAUCCAGCCAAUAUUCAAUCAAAACAUCAAAAACACCAAGCGUUUGAGGCUGAAUUGGCAGCGAACGCGGACAGAAUUCAAUCUGUGUUAGCCAUGGGAGGUAAUUUGAUCGAGAAACACCAAUGUGCCGGUUCUGAGGAUGCUGUUCAGAAGAGGCUUGCCUCGAUUGCCGAUCAAUGGGAUUACCUUACCCAGAAGACUACAGAGAAGUCAAUGAAGCUGAAAGAAGCUAACAAACAACGUACGUAUAUCGCCGCUGUUAAAGACUUAGAUUUUUGGCUUGGCGAAGUAGAGAGCUUACUUACGUCUGAAGAUGCUGGCAAAGAUUUAGCUUCCGUGCAAAAUCUGAUGAAGAAACACCAGUUAGUCGAGGCCGACAUUCAGGCGCAUGAAGAAAGGAUUAAAGAUAUGAACGCACAGGCAGAUUCUCUGAUUGAAAGCGGACAGUUUGACGCAGCUGGUAUCCAAGAGAAACGACAAAGUAUAAACGAGCGUUACGAGAGGAUCCGCAACCUUGCUGCCCAUAGGCAAGCUAGACUAAACGAAGCAAACACUUUACAUCAGUUCUUCAGAGACAUUGCUGACGAAGAGUCUUGGAUCAAAGAGAAGAAAUUGUUGGUUGGAUCGGAUGACUACGGUCGUGAUCUUACUGGUGUACAAAAUUUGAAGAAGAAACACAAGAGACUGGAGGCAGAAUUAGGUAGCCACGAGCCUGCUAUACAAGCUGUUCAAGAAGCUGGAGAGAAGUUGAUGGACGUUUCUAAUUUAGGAGUGCCCGAAAUUGAGCAACGUUUGAAGCUUCUCAACCAAGCAUGGGCUGAAUUGAAACAAUUAGCGGCCAAUAGAGGGCAGAAACUGGACGAGUCUCUGACCUAUCAACAAUUUUUGGCUAAAGUUGAAGAAGAAGAGGCUUGGAUCACAGAGAAACAGCAAUUGUUAUCAGUCGAAGAUUACGGUGACACAAUGGCUGCGGUUCAGGGCUUAUUGAAGAAACACGACGCCUUUGAAACUGACUUUGCGGCUCAUGGCGAACGUUGCAAAGACAUAUGCGAAGCCGGAGAAGCUUUGAUCAAGGCUGGAAAUCACCGUGCAGACGCUAUAGGACAAAGAUGUACCCAGCUUCGUAACAAAUUGGAACAACUUGGAGCGCUUGCUGCCAGACGAAAAACACGACUUAACGAUAAUUCGGCUUAUUUGCAAUUUAUGUGGAAAGCAGACGUAGUCGAAUCCUGGAUCGCUGACAAGGAAACUCACGUACGUUCGGAAGAGUUUGGACGAGACUUGUCUACCGUUCAGACGCUGUUGACUAAACAGGAAACCUUUGACGCUGGGUUGCAUGCCUUUGAGCACGAAGGAAUUCAGAAUAUUACUUCUUUAAAGGAAAUGCUAGUUGAUUCUGGUCAUGAUCAAACACCUAGCAUUCAGAAACGUCAUGCGGAUGUUAUUGCUCGUUGGCAGAAACUGCUGGCUGAUUCUGACGCGAGAAAGCAACGUUUACUGAGAAUGCAAGAUCAAUUCAGGCAAAUUGAAGAACUGUAUCUGACAUUUGCCAAGAAAGCAUCCGCUUUCAACUCGUGGUUUGAGAACGCAGAGGAGGAUUUGACCGAUCCUGUGCGAUGCAACAGUAUCGAAGAAAUUCGGGCUCUCAGGGAAGCACACGCGCAAUUCCAAGCGAGUUUAUCUUCGGCAGAGGCAGACUUUGAAGCUUUGGCAGCUCUUGACAGGCAGAUCAAAAGUUUCAACGUUGGUCCCAAUCCAUACACGUGGUUCACGAUGGAAGCAUUGGAAGACACCUGGCGUAAUUUACAGAAAAUAAUUAAAGAACGCGAUGUGGAGCUUGCGAAAGAAGCUCAACGACAAGAAGAAAACGAUAAGUUGCGUAAGGAGUUUGCUAAACACGCUAACGCGUUCCAUCAAUGGCUAGCGGAGACAAGAACAUCCAUGAUGGAAGGAUCGGGAUCGCUGGAACAACAGUUAGAAGCGACAAAGAGAAAAACUCAAGAGGUCCGUGCUCGUCGUCAAGAUCUGAAAAAGAUCGAAGAUCUUGGAGCAAUUUUGGAAGAACAUUUGAUCUUGGACAAUCGUUACACGGAACACAGUACCGUAGGGUUGGCGCAACAGUGGGAUCAAUUAGAUCAAUUGGGAAUGCGCAUGCAACACAAUUUAGAACAGCAAAUACAAGCGCGUAACCAGUCCGGCGUUUCUGAGGAUGCGUUGAAGGAGUUCUCAAUGAUGUUCAAACACUUUGACAAAGACAAGAGCGGUCGUCUGAAUCACCAGGAAUUCAAGUCUUGUUUGAGAGCUCUUGGUUACGAUUUACCAAUGGUAGAAGAGGGCCAACCUGAUCCGGAAUUCGAGAAUAUUUUAGAUAUCGUUGAUCCGAAUAGGGAUGGUUACGUAUCGUUGCAAGAAUACAUGGCAUUUAUGAUUAGCAAAGAAACCGAAAAUGUCCAGAGCUCUGAAGAAAUAGAAAAUGCUUUCCGUGCUAUUACAGCUGCAGAUCGGCCAUACGUUACGAAAGAAGAAUUAUAUGCUAAUCUUACCAAAGAGAUGGCUGAUUAUUGUGUUGCUCGUAUGAAACCUUACGUCGAUCCGAAAACAGAACGACCAAUCACAGGAGCAUUGGAUUAUAUCGAAUUCACUCGCACUCUUUUCCAGAAUUAAUUGUAGUUACAUAAAUUAUUCCUUUUUUAUUAUGAGUUAUUAAAUUAUAGAAUAUGUU